GCAAGGAAGCCUCGGUGUGGAACGAGGAGUUGAGCUUGCCGAUUGAAUGACUUAAGAAAUCUGCUUUUCUUCAACGAGUUGAAUGCGGGGGAAGUCUGACACACGGCGAGCACCGACCAGGGGGAGGAGCAAACGACAAAGACGAUCAAACAUUUCCGAUGAAGGGACUUUGUCGUGUAGCUGUCCCCCAGAAAGGGGGGAGUUGGGGAUCAGUCUGACAGAUACUCCCCAGUCACACAGCAAUGAGAUUGAUAUCUCAGGGGGAGGGGAGUCGGGGGACGCAGGAAGAUCGGUGCAUGUUGCUACUCAAUCAGCAAGUGAGGUUAGGGGUAAUCAGAGGUCUGUAUGCUCCUCCAUUGGUGCGCAGCGAAGGGCGAUCAGCGCGCCUGCUGCUGGGAUAGAGAGGAGGAGUCGAGGGGAGCAGUCGCUGUCAAGCCGCAGGUUCUUAGGCAGCGAGCUGCGAGAUCUGCAAAAUCAGCUUGUACAUUUGGGUGUCAGCGUGGAUGUAGAUUCUCCUAGGCAGACCAGGUCUGCGGCGUGUACAAGGCUGAGGACCGCAGGGAGGCUGUCGUACCAGGGAUCCGUCGAACCGAAGCAGGAAGCAGUCCCAGUGGAUGUCGACUCCAACAGGAGGAGAACACGGUCAGCUGACCGUAUAGGACCUACAGCUGGCAAGGGGCAAUUGUUGCAGGGUUUCGUCCAAUCGCGAAACGAAGGGCUUACGGGGCAGUCUGAGCAAGGCCUGGGCCAGCAGCGUCGGGGCCGAGGAAGGCCGCGGACAACCCUAAUUGGAGGAGGGACAGGACGAGGGACCGGACAAACAGAACUUCAAGGUGUUGUUCAAUCACGGGGCGAGGUGAUCCAAAGGGAGUCUAAGGGAACUUUGGCCCGUCGGCAGCACGCCCAAGGAAGGCCACUGAAGUCUCCAAUAGGAAGAGGGAGCGGGUCAGCUGAUCGAACAUUAUCAACAACUCGUAACGAGCGGGACGAGGGGGUUCGAGGGUCUGAGCAAAGUUCAGGCCCACAGCGACGAGGCCCAGGGAGGCCGCCGAAAUCGCCGACUGGAAGAGGGAGGGGGCGAGGGAGAGGAGGAACAGAAAGUAUCGUCCCAUCACGGGACAAGGUGGUGCAGCGGCAGUCUGAGCAAGGUUUGAGCAGGCAACGGCGUGGCCCAGGAAGGACAUCGAAGUCUAGGACAGGAAGAGGGACUGGGAGAGGAGGGGCCGCUGGAGAAACAGAAGUCUUGCCACAGGCUGGAAAAGAGCAAGUUUCUGUCAUAGUGGGGGCGGUCCCGCAGGACUCCGAGCGAAGGUUGGGUGCACAACGUCUCAGUCGAGAAAGACCGCUGGAGACUCCGAGACGAAGGGCCAUCGAGAUUUUUUCGGGUGGAAAAGACGAAGUCGCUGUACCGGAGGGUAAAAGGAAUGGCACAAAGGGGACCAUAGGCCGCUGCCGCGUAGGCAAACAGGGAGGUGGUGGAGGCAGCGAAAGCAGAGGAGAAGAGUCUGGUGGGGAUAAUCAUACCCCUGGCGAGACGGGGGUUAGUGAAAGAAGGCUAUCUUCUUGUUCAAGCAAGAAUCUGAGAACUGGUUGGAGCAGGCAAAGGGCUCUUUGGCUACACACACAGGGUCCAGCCGCUGCAGCGGGUUCUAGCCUCGUGAAUGAUGAUACGCUUUGGCCUGAGUUGAGGGGUGAAACGAGCACCGCCCCGGGCCUUAGAGUGAGCAACCAGGAGAUAUGGGUGCAUGAAAUUGAAUCUGACUCGGAGAGCGAGCCCUCCGAAAGGACUGAUGUGCUUAGGACCGACGAUGGUGAAAGACACGACCAAGGUCACAGUCACCGGGCAGCUGAGAUAAAACCCUCAGCAAUUGGGACAGGACCGACUGCCAGUAGGUAUUUGAUGAUGCAAGAGGAGUCGACACAACCAGAAGGAGAGGCAGGCACAGAGGAACCGAGCAGCGAGCAAACGGGGCCAAGGCAAAGCGGAAAGGGAAGUCCAGUCGAGGAGAAGGAUCCGGGAUUCUUGGGACUUAGUCAACCUAGGGAUGAGCCACGGAAAGAGGAAAGUCAUAGAGAGAUGGCAGAGCAAUCAAGUCAAAGUCAAAGUCAAAGUCAAAGUCGAUCCGAGGGAGGAACAGGGGAAGAAGAAAGUCAAAGAGAGGUGGAAGAACAAUUGGCACACAAUGAGAGAGUGCCUGUGAGUGAGGAGGCGCGCGCUGAAAGGCCCACUCGAAGCAGCGACUCCGCCGCAGCUGCAGAUGAGAGAAAGGAAUCGGCUGUCAGUAUCUUCUCUCCUGUUGGAGAUGCAGGUGCUGCUGCGCACCCAGUUUCUCUCUCAGAAACUGAAGAAUUGGCUUCGUACGAUCAUCCAGUGGGCUCGCAGACAGACAAAUCAGGUGGUGAGGGAGAAGGAGUUGGAGAAGGUAAGGAAGAGAAGGAGAGCUCUGAAAGGGAGAUUGAGGUGAUUGAUGUGGGGGAGAGUGAAAAUGAGGACGUUGGAAAAGCGGGAGAAGAUGUGGGAGAGGAGGAGGAAGGAAAAAACGCUGCGGUGAUAUAUGUGGAGGAGGGAGACGAGAUGGUUGGUCAGGAGGCGGAAGCGAUGGAGGAGGAGGAGGAGGAAGACUUGGGAGUGGGCGGGCACAAGGCUGGAGAGGAGGAAUACUCAGAGAACCGCUCACUCGGAGAGGAAAGUGGGAAGGUGUUUGAAGGCGAAGAGGAAGGUGAAGAGGAAGGUGAAGAGGAAGGCGAAGAGGAAGGCGAAGAGGAAGGCAACGAGGAAGGCGAAGAGGAAGGCGAAGAGGAAGGCAAAGAGGAAGGCGAAGAGGAGGAGGUGGAUGGGGAGGAACAUGGUGGGGAGAAGACGGGGGACGAAGAAGGGGAGAAGGAACCAAAAAAUGGGGAUGAAGAGACACGGGGUUUGGAGGGCGGGAAAGGGGAAGAAGAUGAGAUGGAAGAAAUGGAAGACGGUAAAUGGGCAGAGGGAUUGGACGUGUCAGAGGGAGAAGAGCUCAAGGGCGAUGAACUGACAUUGGAUGAGAGAAACGAAGCAGAAGACACAAGAGUGAGGUCUAUGAGACUGGAGGUGGUGGAGGAGGAGGAUGAAGGAGGUGCGGAAGAAGCGGAGGGAACGGCGGCAGGGGAGGGAAAGGACGAGCAAAUGGACGCUGUGGUAGGGCAGGGAACACGGGUGAUCCCCCGAGAGGAGGAGGGGAUAGAGGAGAUGGUUGAGGGGCAAGGUGAUGAAAUGGAGGAGGCAGUCAUGGGGCAGGAAACACAGGUAACCCCUGAAGAGGAGGGGGGGGGGGAGGAGGAGAGGGUUGACGAUGAAUUAGGGGAGGCAGUGCUGGGCCAGGAAACCCAGAUUAUCCCUGGAGAGGAGGAGAUAAGGCUUGGAGAGGAAGGGGGUGAAGAGGUGAUGGGAGGAGGGAGGGGUGUUGAAACGGAAGUAAGAGAAGAGAUGAUGGCAGAGGAUGUGCAGGGGGGAGGGAGGGAGGAGAGGGCUGAGCGGGACAGUCACGAUAGGAACGAAUCAGUGAUGUGGCAGGAAACGGAGACUGUGUCACAGGGGGAGCAGAGGCUCCAAGGUGAAGAGGAAGAAAGGGAGGAAGCAGCAAUGGACGAAGAAAUGGAUGGUUUGGGAACAAGAGUAAGGGGGGAGGUGGUAGCGGGGGAUACACAGGAGGAGGAGGAGGAGGAGGAGGAGGAGGAGGAGGAGGAGGAAGAGGAUCAAAGGGCUGAGGGCGGAAAUGGUGAAACGGUGGAGGGAGCUGCUGGGAAGGAAACAGCUAGUAUGUCGGAGGAGGAGCAGAGGCAUGGGGGAAGCGACGACAAAGGCGAAGAGGAGAUGACGGAGAAAGAAGUAGGGGGUGUGGGAAAGGAAGUGAUGCAGGAUCAGGGAAGGGGGGUUGUACAGGAGGUGGAGGAGGGGGAGGAGGAGGAGGAGGAGGAGGAAACGCUUGAGGAACAACAUGAUGAAAGAGAGGAGGUAUUGAUGGGGCAAGAAACACAAAGCACUGGCGUGCGCAAUGCUGAUCCAUGCAGUCGACCACCAGAUCAAUAUGACAAGAAGCAAGCGGAGGAAUCAACGUUGGGAGAAGCAAGAGAAGUGGACAGACUAGUGGCAGAGCAAACACCGGUCUCUGGUCCCCUGAUACAUACAAGGGAUGCCCCGAUAAUGAUCGACUUGCCAAAUAAAGACACUGAUGCAGUGCCCUCGACUGGCCCAUCAGCAGAAGAAACAGCACAGGCGGCUAUUCCAACCAGAAUCGCCCAAGUCCAAGCAAAGGAGCUGGUCCUUACCGGCGGCUCAAGAGCAGAAAGAGACGAUGGCCACCACAGGUCCCUUUCCUGGUAUACCGACCUUGUCAGCAUGUCAGAAGGUCCAAUAGCGUGCGGCAGUUGUGCGGACAUUGGUGGCAUUGGCGAGCUUGAGAGCGGCGAACGUCGGUCUGGUGAGUCGGGCAAGGGAAAACAGUCUCAGUCCGGCAAGUCCGAGAGCGGAGAACGUCAGUUCUGUCAGUUAGCUGACAAAAAACAGUCGGGGUCGGGAUUCAGGAUCGUCCCGUCCAACGGUGAAGAGAUUCAACUGGAACAGAUUGUUCCAAGCAGACUCAGUCAGGCGAGGCAAACCGAGCUGGUUGACGUCAUCAACAAGAAUGGCGGCGAAGAGUAUCGUGCGCGCCGUCAUCUUGACUCUGCCCAAGCUGCUGCCAAAGCCUUGAACGACAUUGAUCCAUUUUUCACGGCUCCGAUUGCAUGCGGAAUCAAUGAGGUCAGCGGAGGACCUGAAAAGGCCCUGGCUGUGACAGAUGUUGCUAGUGGGAAGGCCCAUCAUGCCGCCCAUGCACUGCCUGCAGGCGGUCCCAGGGAAGAGAACGCCCAGAGUCCCCAAAGGAGAGGAGAAAGUCGUAGCAAUCAGGAACAGAUAAUCGAGUUGUCGAACACCAGCAUUGUCGCUCAUUGUCUUCGAACGGCAGCAGAUUUGUUGGGACUUUAAGUUGGACCACUUCUGUAUGAGUGUUAGCUGUGCUUGCUGCUGCAUUUGUUCUGCGAUUUCCGCCCCUUCU